GGGUAUUCGAUUUUAAUCACGAUGAGUUUUGACAGCGUCCCUUCCAAGUCAGAGGUCCUGAGCUGGAAUGCGCAUCAUCUGGCCGACUACCUGAAAAAGCUGGAGCUGGCAGGCUGUGACAAAGUUGUCAUGAGAUGCAGCAUGAACGGCUCCAGGUUCCUGAACAUGUCGAACAACGACCUUCAGAAGUUCCCCAAGAUUCACGCUCCAAUGAUAACAAAACUGUGCCAUGAGAUUAACAGGACAGAACAGAAGACAGGAUUCUUCCACAAGAAAUCGGCUCCCAAGCAUCAGCAGCAAGGUUUUGUUCAAGAGGACCAAGGCUGGGACUCAGAGGAGUUUGAACAAAGCGACCAUGACUACGAGAGCCCGGAGUCUGAGAAAGACGACGGCAGCGAGGGCGAUUACGAGUCCCCGACGGAGGACUUGACAGAUGAAGAGGAGGGGGGCGAUGAAUAUGAGCUACCCCCGUCCGAGCCCUCAGACGAAAUACCACGCCACUUCCGCCCUGUCAAGCCUGUAGGCGACGGCGAUUACAUAGAUGCUAUCCAGAGCCGGGAUGACGACCGAGCAAACUCAUGUGAACGCACUGGUCCCCCGCCUCUGCAGCGCCCAGGGCCUGGACCCCCCCUCCCAGCCUUUAGCUCCGCUAGCGUACCCCGGUCUUCCUCACCUAGCUGUGAGCAGAUCUCACAGAGAACCAUCAGACCUUCUGCCACGUCCCCUCCGGCCCCCUCCGGCUCUAUGGCCCCCCGGGUCGAUCGCAGCAAGAAGCCUUCCUUUUCUUUGAAGGCUCCCUGCCCAGGGGGGCAGCCAGGUGGCACUGGUGACAAGUCUCCGAGACCAUCUAGGAGACCCUUUGCACAGGACCACGAAGACAAUCAGUCACCAUGUAAAGACGCAAAGAAACGUCCUACGCACACCCAGCAUUCUGAGAGGAUGGACCCUCAGUGGUAUGUGGGUCAGGCGACACGGGACCAGGCGGACAGUUAUCUAAGACGAGUCAAAAAGGAUGGUACCUUCCUGGUGCGGGACAGCUCAAAAGGCUCAACCACCCAGCCCUACACACUCAUGGUGCUGUACCAGGGAAAGGUCUACAACAUCCAGAUCCGUUACGAUCCUGACCAGAGCGUCUUCUCUCUGGGCACUGGCCUCAAGGGCAACGAGAGCUUCCCGGGGGUGACGGAAAUUGUGCAGCACCACAUGAGGACGCCGCUCCUGCUGAUCAACAGGAACGAGCAGGGGUCCGGGCCGCAGAAGCAGUGCGCGCUCCUGUACCCCGCCAGGCGCUGACCCUCUCUCCCUGACCACACCGCCCUGGAGUACGACCGUGGCACAGCGAGGGGACCGGCAGGGACAGCGUGACGGUGACACACGUACAGGGUGCAGAGAGAAACUGGCACAGAGAGA